AUGUUGAGAUGGGCACGGCUGGAGAAGAGCACGAGGGGGAGGAAGAGAGCUAAGACAACCCGGAAGGAGAAGACCAUAUUCCUCGAAUAUCUGAAGUCGCCGAUUGUGCAGCUCAUUGUCGGCAGGGGCGAGGAGGAGACGACAUUGACGGCGCACAAGGCCCUACUGGACGAGUCGCCCUACUUUAAAGAAAAGUUGUCAGGCCUCGACGAAGAAGAUCUCCGCGUAGAUCUCUACGACGAGUAUCUGGACGCAAUGGUUUGCUUUCUGCAAUAUCAAUACACAGGCGAAUACUUCCCACGGCGCCUCGGGAAUGACACCCUCGAAUCCGAUCCCUCUGUCCCCGCCAUUGACAACACCGGUGACCAGCUGCUGAGACAUGCCCGCGUGUACACUUUGGCAGGAAAACUCGGCUUACCAGCACUGAAGACUCUGGCUCAUUCCAAGAUCCACCUGAUCAACUCUACCGCCGUCGGUGAGAUUGCAUAUGCGAGAUUCGUCUAUGGCAACACCCCUCCGGACGAUGUUAUCAUCCGCAAACCUGUCGCAGCGUUCUGGGCGACUCGUUCGCAUGUUCUGCGCCACGAGGCCGAGGCAGAGUUCAAGGCCAUGUGUCUGGAGUAUCCACAGUUUGGCUUCGAUGUCCUUAGUCUUGUGUUGGAUCAACGGGAAAAGAGGGCGAGAGAGCGUGAGGAUCACGGCACGCCCGGCGGCCCCCGAGGCAGGAAGCGAAUGCGACCGAGUAUCAAUGUCUGA